AUGCGCUCGGGUAUCCCGCGCCCAGGUGGAAACGCUGCAGGCUCGGGCGCCGAGUCUGGGCUUCCCCGACCGUCUUCGCGAAUGGGUGCGAAUGCUGCGCCUGCCGCUGGUGGCGCACGUCCCGGCUCGGCUGCUGGUCCCAUGGGCGCCUACCGUUCUUCGGGUGGAGGCGGCGCGGCAGGCAGGAGCUCGAUGGGCGCUGCUGGUGCAUCUGCUGCAUCGGCAUCGCUGCUGCGACAGCCUCCUGCCAGUGCAGCACCUGCGUCGCGCACCUACGGAGGCCUCGCCGGUCGCAUCAGCACGCUUGCAGCGCGACCGCUGGACGCCAACACCUCGUCCAACAUGCUCGGGCUGAAUGGCGACGACACCGCAUCGGCAUCCAUGCUGCUCGACACCUCGAUCGGCGGCGGAGCGCACAAGCGCACCGUCUCGGCAGCUGGGCUGGGCGACGAGAGCAUGUCGUUCAGCAGCGCGGCGAUCAAGCGGCCGCACCUGCGCAAGCUCAGCAUGGACGGCACGUCGCCGCUGCUGCUGCAGGCGGAGCUGCAUCCGGCAUCGACGCCGCGCCCCGAGUCGCCGGCGUACGAGAUUGCGGUGCUGCGCACGAACUACGACCAGCAGCUGCUGGCCGAGGCGCGCAGGUACAAGAAGCUCGAGCAGGACUACGAGGCCAAGUGCAAGGAGCUCGACCGGUUCAACCGGCAGCGCGUGGAGCUGCUCGACGAGUGGGAUAAGCAGCAGGAGGCGUCGCGCGCGCACCAGGUCGAAUGCUCCGCAAAGCGGCUGGCGCUCGAGGAUGAGGUGGUGCGGCUGCGCACGCUCAAUUCGGAGCUCACGCAUCGCGCCGACGAGCUCGCGUCCACCUCGGCCAGUCAGGUGUCUGAACUGCGCAGCAGGGUGACCGAGCUCGAGGCCGAGGUGGCGCAUGUGCGCGGGGAGGCUUCGACAGCCCAGGCGAGGACGAGGACGCUCGAGGACGAGGUGGGCGCGAACAAGGCGGAGCUGGAGGAUCUGCAGAAUGCGUUGGAAGAUGAGCAGCGUAUGCGCCGGCAAGAACGCGACGAGGCAAGGCUGGGUGGGGGCGAGGAGGGCAGGAAGAUCGCCGAGGAGCUGGCAAGGCAGGUGUCGCAUGUGCGCAAGCUCGAGGCGGAGACGGCGCAUCUGACCGCGGAGAAUGCGCGGCUGUCGCACCAUGCCAGCAACGUGGAGCUGCUCAAGGAGGAGAAGCGGACGCUCGAGACGCGCGUGCGCACGCUCGAUGCGCUGCGCGACGAGCUCGCCUCUUCCGAAGCCGUCGCUGCGGAGCUGCGCGAGCAGCAGCGUAGCUGGGACCAACUACUGCGCACAGGACUGCCCGCUGACGUCGAAGCGGCUUUCGCGGCGGCAGCUAAUGUGGAUGCGGUGAUGCCGACCAUCGCCCCGCCUGCGGUGGUGGACCGAUCGACGCUGCCGAGCUAUCUCUCAAAGCUGCAGGGUACGGUGUCGGGGCUGAGUGCGCGGUGUGGUGCGCUGGCAGCGACGGUGGAGAAGCUGCGUGCGCGAAACGCAACGCUUGAGGACGAGGCCAAGGACGUGGAUGCGCGCGAGCGCAAGGUGCAGCACGAGGUCGACGAGAUGCAGACGGCGCUGGCGCGAGCGAGCAAGACCGAGGCACGGCUGCACGACGAGGUGGAGCGGCUCAAGGCCAUGCUCGCCUCGUACGAGCAGGAGGAGAAGACGCACAGUGCGGCGUACGACGGCGCGCAUGCGCAGCGCAUCGCGCUGCUCGAGGCGGAGCUCGACAAGACGCGUGCCGACGCCGUCCGCACCGCGGAAGAGCUGCACACCGUUGCGAGUGCGCUGGCCCAACACCAGGCCAAACCCGACACCGAUGAGUCUGGCUCGGUACAGGCGCUGGAAUCGAUGCAGUCCGAAAAGGCCGCGUUGGAGGCCAAGGUUGGAAGUCUAGAGGCCGAGGUGGGGAGGCUCGGGAAGGAGGUUGCAGAGGUGGCAAGGGAGAACGAGAUGCUGUGGGGCAGGGUGGGACGGGGCGAGUUCGACCAGGACCGUCAGCGGUGUCUUGUGCUUGCGCGAAACCCGGUCUCGCACGACGUGGAGCUGCGCCGUGCGAAUCUGGACUCUCUGCGUGCCGAAAAUGCCGGCCUGCUCUCUCGCGUGGAAGAACUCUCCAAGCUCGCUUCUUCUUCAACGUCAACGUCGGGCCAGGCGCUGGUUCCCCAAAGCGUAGUCGACAAUCUUCGGCACGACCUGGGCGAUCUGCAGGCGUCGAUGGCGGCCAAGGACAAAGCCAUGCUUCGACUCAAGCAGGUCUUCUCUGCCAAGGCCAACGAGUUCCGGGAGGCGAUGCAGUCGCUGUUCGGCUACCGCGUCAAGUUCCUCGAAAACGGCAAGGUGAAGCUGACGUCGACAUUCAACCGGUCCUCGGGGUCUACCUCGCUCGUAUUCGAGAGCGAGGACGGCAAUGUGGGGAGGAUGAAGCUGAUGGGUGAGGCGGUCAAGUUUCCGGGCAUGGUGAAUUUGCCAGCGCUCAGGGAGUACUGGUUGGAUCCGAACGGCAUCCGACAGUCGGUACCGUGCUUUUUGGCGGCGCUCAAUUUGGAGCUCUACGAAAGCUGCACCAUGGCCGCUAGGAGACCCAUCACACACGACGAGGACGAAGACUAG